ACAGAGGAGUGACAGAGAGAGAGAGAGAGAGAGAGAGAGAGAGAGAGAGAGAGAGAGAGAGAGAGAGAGAGAGAGAGAGAGAGAGAGGGAGGAGGAGUGAACGGUUCAAACAGACACACCGGCCUGAGAGGAGACAAGAAGAAGAAGAAGAAGACCCCGCGAGAGAGAGAGUGAGAGAGAGAGCGAGGGAGAGAGUGGGAGACUGACAGGCGUUACCGAAACUAGAUGAACCGAAGCGUCGACAUGAGCGGUCAGUUUGAGGAAGAUAUCCACGACCGGGGCGAGAGGAAGAGCAGCAAAUCCCCGACGCUGCUCUCCUCUUACUGCAUAGACAGCAUUCUGGGCCGCCGGAGCCCCUGUAAGGUCAGGCUGAUAGGGGCGCAAAGUUUGACGGCUCUGCCCGGCAGAGGGGAGCUCGACAAGACGGUGGACAGGUCAUCGAAAGACCCCCUUUCUCUCAGCGCUGACAUGCACCUGCCACCCAAGCUCCGCCGGCUGUACGGAGCCGGGGGGAAAUACCUCCACGACCACGCAGAGACUCUGGACAGAGAGCGGCUGCUCCUGGAGCAAGCCAGCGACAGCCUCAAAAUCAGCCAGGCGCCGCAGGUGAGCAUCAGCCGCAGCAAGUCCUACCGGGAAAACGCGUCGCUGAGCCGGGGAGAGGGCGACCAGAGCCCCGGGGAGGGCUCGGAGGACGGCAGCCUGGGGCUUGUAGAGCUCGGCCCGCUGAAGUUCGAGGAGGACGCGGGGAAAGAGGAGGAGAGCUGCGGGGACGCGGCCGCUCUGUCCCCCAAGGACGAGGAGAGGGAGAGCUUGAACGCCGGGGAUGGGGACGUGAGGGACGGGGAGGACAGCGUGUGUCUGUCAGCGGGCAGUGACUCGGAGGAAGGGAUGCUGAAACGGAAGCAGAGAAGAUACAGGACUACCUUCACCAGUUACCAGCUGGAGGAGCUGGAGAGGGCUUUCCAGAAGACACACUACCCAGACGUGUUCACCAGAGAAGAGCUCGCGAUGCGUCUGGAUCUUACCGAGGCCCGUGUUCAAGUGUGGUUUCAGAACCGCAGAGCCAAGUGGAGGAAGCGUGAGAAGGCUGGGGUGCAGGCCCACCCGUCAGGCCUGCCCUUCCCGGGGCCCCUGGCAGCGGGUCACCCUCUCAGCCACUACCUGGAGGGGGGGCCCUUCCCUCCCCACCACCAUCCUGCCCUCGAGUCGGCCUGGACAGCUGCUGCAGCUGCAGCCGCUGCCUUCCCAGGCCUGGCCCCACCACCCCACAACGGCUCUGCUCCACCCCUGGCCACCCCACUCGGCCUGGGCACUUUCCUGGGCACUGCUGCCAUGUUUCGCCACCCUGCCUUCAUUGGACCCACUUUUGGCAGGCUCUUCUCCAGUAUGGGUCCCUUGUCCAGUGCUUCCACCGCUGCAGCUCUCCUCCGUCAGCCCGCCCCUCCUGUAGAGAACCCCUCCCACGCUGGCCCAGUCCUCCCUGACCCUUCCUCCUCUUCCUCCUCCCCUUCUUCCGUAGCUGCAGCAGACCGCAGGGCCUCCAGUAUCGCUGCGCUGCGCCUCAAGGCCAAGGAACACUCGGCUCAGCUCACCCAGCUUAACAUCCUGCCCACCGGAGCCGCAGGGAAGGAGGUGUGCUGAACACUCAACACCAGCUCUAGGCCUCCCCGUCCCGGGUUUACGUCCCAUUCCAUGACACCCCUGCCCCCCCUUCUCCAAAAACCCACCCAUACCUCCGGAGGUUGAUGUCCUGAUGUCCCCUUGUUCAACCAUCCCUGUUACCUCAUGUUUCCCCAACAAAAUAGCACGACCAAAUUCAAAAGAGCACUGGCGAAAAAAAAAGUGUGUUUGUGUGUGUGUCUGGUAAUUAUACAGCUAUUGUAACAUUGUUCUGCACUUCAUACACACACCUUUCUAAAUGACAGUCCAGUAACUAACAUUUUUGAAAUUAUUGCCCAAAAUAACAAUUACAAUAUAAUACUUUAAAUGAGGCUCCAUAUCAUUAACAUAUAGCUUUUGAAGGUGUGCAAACCGCAAAAUACUAAGUAAUAAAGUACAUUUACUCAACUACCAUACUUCUGUACAAAUUUAACAUAGCUGUAAUUUAUUAUUUAAUUUGAUGCAACUCUAUACUUCUACUUCACUACAUUUCAGAGGAUUAUAUCUUAUGUUUUAGUCAGCAUCAUAUUAAUUUGUCAGUUAUUAGUUACUUUAAAAAAAAUCAAAUUCUAAAAUUUUAAUAAUUAAAUUGAACUACCCACGUGUAAAAAAUAAAAAAGGAAGAAAAAAAUAGCUUCAACUGGCCAACUUUAUCAUGCCAAAAUCAUUAAUUAUAAUAUUAAAUUACAGCCUAAUAAUAUAAUAUAUAGCAGUAUCACUCAUAGGGGGCAUUUUCCUGCAUAAAGUACCUUUACUUUGAUACUUUUAGGUUACUGUAUUUCUACUUCAGUAACAGGACUUGUCCUUGUAAAAACAGAAAUGUUUGGAUCUGUCAUGACACACACACACACACACACACGCAGAGAAAGCUGAAGAACCGCAGGGAAACCCAGACUUUUAGAAAGGAUUCUUGUGCUACUUCAAAUGUGGACAGCUCGAGUGCUCGACUUUAACACUGCUUAAUCUGUAUGCAUUGACGUGGGCUGAGCCAGUCUGCGUCUAUAAUAAAGGCGAGUUGGAGGAGCCCCCCACCCCCACAACCCCCAGAACCAAAGGAAAACUGUCCAUAGACCUUCCAUAGCCUUCUCUACAAGCCUGACUCCUCUCCACUGCUCGCCUGUCCACCAGUCACACUCAGCCACACCACUGCAUAUAGGCUAUGUUUGAAACAUCCGAAUCAAACCGGAGUUAUUUGAAGUCGUUUCUGUAAUUUUACCUGCCCCUUCCCUCUUUGAUUAUCACAGCAGUGGCAUUUUCCGCUGAGUCUGACUCCAGGACACGCGAGCAAAGUUGAGAUCCGAGAUGUGACUCUAAUGAUCUGACUGUGUACAUAUUGUGUAAAAAGGAAGAAAAAAAUGGUACCACAAAAAAAAGGAUGAUUUUCAAAACAAGGUCGUGUAUAUUUCAGGAGACCGUGUUUUGAUAAUUUGCACUCGGUGUAGUGUUUAAUGAAUGUCGCCCUGUGUAGAAUUUCACCUGUGUUUAUGAAUUAUUAGGAUUUUUAGAUCAUUAUUUAUGUCAAAACUUUCCCCCGAGGAACUGAGUGAAGGACAGUUUUUUUUUUCUUAUUAAGUGAUUGUAAGUUUCCUGGUUAAAUAAUGCUAAUUUGAAUAAAUUACAUUGGUAAAAUGAGUUAUCUUUUAUUAUUUCAAAUUAUUUUAGGACUGACAUAGGCCUAAACCAGGAAAAAAAUAAACAAUGUGAAAUAGAAUAUUAUAGAACUAUUAAUAAAAGGUGUUAUGAAGAAAA